AAUAAAAUUGAAUCAUAUCCAUCAAAUACUGAAAUUAAAUGUAAGAAAGAAGAUAUUAAUGCCUGUAAUCUAACGUUCUUAAUUUAGGUAUAAGUAAAUUUCAAUAGUUUGGUCAUAAAAAUUCUUGCCUAAAAAAGGCAGUGAUUACAUCACACAACCUGACAGAAAGUUAAACAACUCCGGCAGAUAACCGGAGUGUUAAGAUUUCCGGUAUGACCGCAGGUCGUUACCGCCAUCACUAAAAUGUUUCAUGCACGGGUGUACGACUGUAAGACUGUGUCAGGUGCUUCAGGAAACACGUUAUGUUUGUGGAUACUGGACUAAUAUUUGACGGUUUCCACUCAAAUCUUGACAAACUGCAGGUCAGAUAACACCAAUAAGAUGGUGAUAUGAAGGGUAAAGAAGUCUGCUGGUGGCGCACGAAUUAACUUUGUGUAGUGUCUUUACAUCUGUUUUGAUGCCUAUCUUUAUCUGGAAAAAUAUUUUGCUGACAGUCCCGUGUAAAUGUUUUUGUCCCGUUUUUGGGUUUUUGUUUCAAUGAUUCUAAUUGCCACCUGUUGUUCGCGCAUCGAUGGUUUUUGGUUCUUCUCUUGUCCCCAUGGUAACGGUCUUGGACACGCCGGUGAUGUUUGCUCAGCUUUCUGUCGUUGCCAUCCUUCAAACACUUGCGAGGCGGGAAUACAGAAAUGUGCACCACCUGGAAGGUACAGAGACCGCUGUCAUGCGACGAGACCGUGUGCGACUGGGCUCAGUUGUCAUCCGGGAGUUCAGAAAUGCUUCCACGUGCCUCGUCGUCAUGGUGAACCGUGUGUAAUGGGUUAUGCAUGUGGCAGCGGGCUUUCUUGUGAGCCAGGAGUUCAGGCCUGUUUUCACCAUCCUCGCCAAUACGAGGAGCCUUGUUCUGCGGGAUAUCCCUGUGCCCCGGGACUCAGCUGCCAACCAGGUUAUCAGAGAUGCUUGCAUCACCCGAGGCUGGAAAAUGAGAGAUGUUCAGCAGGAUACACAUGCGCUGAUGGUCUGGACUGUAGACUGUGUGACAAGCCAUAUGCUACUUGUCAGCUGUCACGCGUACCCUCUUUGACAGAGCAGGACUAUGACAGACCCUUUAACAAAGUGGCAUUCCUUGUUACCCAUAACUCCUUUUCGCAUUCUCCAAAUUUUGCUGUAUGGGCACGCAAUCAACGUUUUAGCGUCAGUCAGCAGUUAAAGGAUGGUGUGCGUGGUUUCAUGUUAGACAUAUAUCCAGGGUGGGGCGCGGCGGAGGUUCGUCUUUGCCACUCGUCUUGUUUCUGGAGUGGUUCAACAGACUUGUUAAGCACACUGAUUGAAAUCAGAAAAUUCCUGGAGAGUGACAUUCGAGUGGUCAUUACAAUUAUCUUUGAGGAUUACUUAAAAAACCCCACGAUCUUGAAAAACGUUUUUGACCAGGCAGGAAUUUCUCCGUACGUGCUACUGAAGGACAAUUGGGGUGACGGGUUCACCGAUUGGCCCACUCUAAACGACAUGCGCAGACUAGGUAGACUGGUUGUGUUCAACAAUAAUGGCCUUCACGGAUUCCCUUAUACUGAGUUCAACAUGUGGAGAUAUGUUAGAGAGAACCGUUAUGGAACCCCAAGUAGAAAAAAGAGGGAAUGUGUAGACCGCGGAGAGUCUCGGUGGAACGCUGACUGGAAUGACCACUGGAGCCUGGUGUUGGUAAAUUGGUUUAAUACCCUGGCCAAUCCUCUUCAGCCAUGUCUUAAUUCUUUCGAGGAGAUAAGAGAGAAGUUAAACACUUGCCAUGACAAAUUUGGUUAUUGGGCAAAUUUUAUAGCGGUCAAUUAUUACACUGCAGGCUCAGGAGGCGGAGCUUUUCAAGCUGUCAAAUGGCUGAAUAAUAAGUUCAAGGGGGAAACUUCAGUCUCAAAGAUAAGAAAAGCAUCACUUAUUCCAUUCCCUGACAUGGUCACUCAUUGGGAUACAGCUAAUCAACAGCGUCAGACGAAUCCCAUUCCAAGGCAAGACGUGAUCGACGGACCAGGGUAUGGUAAAGGGUUUCACACCCUGUCAGAUGUUCUUUCUCAUAUACUGAAACACCGUCUCUUUAAAUGGGGAGAAAGAAAGAACACAACUAAAAUCAUCAGCACUGCUUCAGCAACAAAUAUCACGGCUUCAAACGCUUAUAUGGCUUCACAAGGGAAGAUUUCAUCAAAUGAAAAACAUAGCCAAGAUAGUAAGCUUGGGAAAUCAUCGACAAUAUUUCAAGAUUUUGGAAGAAAUGAUACAUUUUUGAAACGAAAUGAUCCUUUAAGAAACCAUAGAAUCCAAAUUAACCACCAUUUGAGAGAGACAACACAAUGGAGAGUUUCCCGAUCAAGGAUUAAAGUUCACCGUCAUAGAACUCGGAAUAAUUAUUUGCCUUCGCUCUCUUCAUUUAAACAUGAAAAAAGGAAAAAACUAAAAUUAAGACUUGGGACAACGAACAAAGGAAGGGGUCUCGAAAGAGGAUCGCAACGUAAAUUUAGAUACAAGGUGCAGCCCGUUAGCCGAAUGUUACUGAAGGCUUACGGGCACAACACGAUCUUCCCAAAACUUAGUCCCACCCUGAAGAUACGUAAUCUUCGGAAACAGGUGGCUCGGUUGAGAGCCAAGCUUAACAGGUUUAUUCACUUGGUGCACCAUCGAAAAAGGAAAAAGGCUCUGCCCUUUAAGCCCCUCCCAACUCUCAGCCGUACAUUUUAAUACAACAGUGCGGCUUUUUCUUAAAGUUUGAUUAUCUUUGUAAAAAUUCUUGAACUUUGUGAAUUCUUUUCCCAAUUUAAAUUUUCAAAUUUUUUUUCUGUCCAUUUUUGUCUUUGUUUUCUAUUUUAACAUGUUGAUCCACACAAGAUAACAGGGUUCAUGACAAACCAGUAAAUUGACAGCCCACGCCCGUUACAUGGCGUGAUAGAUCUAACGAUAAUUGUCAGCAAGCAAUAGAAUGAAAUUCCUGCACGAUUAUUAAAAGAAUUUGGAAAAAGCUUCC